AUGGUAAAAUUUGAAUCGGAUGAUGAACAAGAAAAUGAAAUUUUUGUGAAGAAAGAACCACUACCAUUCUGCAAAUCCUCUUCUACCACCACAAUCCACACUAUACACUCUAGUACUCAUACACCUGUACUAACCAUACUACGAAAAAUACCAACACAAAACGGAAAAUUUGCUAAAGCAGGAAAACAUAAGGGAACGGCAAAGAAUUUCGUCAUUGUCGUCCGUGGCCAUCGGAGGAAUUUUUUGCCCGUUCUCGUGUAUCAUCAUUUUUCGUUUUCAUCGUGGGCAACAACAGCAACAACAUAAACAAGAAGAUUAUCUCGACAACUUUUAGCAAGAGUCAAAACAAUAAUUAAAUUAAACAACAACAAAAAUUAAAAAAAAAAA